GGGCGCCCAGCGGGCCCCACCAGGCCGGCCGCUGCCUGCUCUGGGCCUGCAAAGCCUGCAAGAGGAAGACGACCAACGCGGACCGCCGCAAAGCCGCCACCAUGCGGGAGCGCCGGCGCCUCAGCAAGGUCAACGAGGCCUUCGAGACGCUCAAGCGCUGCACCUCCACCAACCCCAACCAGCGGCUGCCCAAGGGGGAGAUCCUCCGCAACGCCAUCCGCUACAUCGAGAGCCUGCAGGCGCUGCUGCGCGAGCAGGAGGACGCCUACUACCCGGUGCUGGAGCACUACAGCGGCGAGUCGGACGCCUCGAGCCCCCGUUCCAACUGCUCCGACGGCAUGAUGGAGUACAGCGGGCCACCGUGCGCCUCCCGCAGAAGGAACAGCUACGACAGCAGCUACUACACCGAGUCGCCAAACGAUCCCAAGCACGGCAAGAGUUCUGUUGUUUCUAGCCUUGAUUGCCUCUCAAGCAUUGUGGAGAGGAUUUCGACGGAUAACUCCACGUGUCCUGUUCUGCCACCAGUGGAAAGUGUAGCUGAAGGGAGUCCCUGUUCUCCCCCAGAAGGAGCCAACCUGAGUGAGAGUGGAGUCCAAAUUCCUUCCCCCACCAGUUGCACGCCGCUUCCCCAGGAAAACAGCAGCAGCAGCACCAACCCCAUCUACCAAGUGCUAUAAAGGCAGGUCUGGCUGAACUGCGGUGAAAACAAACUGUUACAUUCAGCAAAGCUCCGAGACCAGCCUCAUACGACUGAAAAGACUACUCAAGACUUCCUGUUCCAG